AUGGAGCCAAAAAGAGAGCCGACAGAUUUUGAAACAGACAACAGCAGAUCCAACAGUGAACGCAAUACAGACAGCGAGAAAAGUGGCGCCGACGAUAACAGCAGCGAAACUAUGGUUCAGGUAGCCUUGGGAGGGACGAUCAUCGAACAAAUGCCCAACCACGCAGAGCUACCAAGCCCAGGACUCAUGGCGCCUGCUUUAUGGCGACCAAGUGCGAAUGAAAAUCCACCAGCAUCUCCGACCGAAAACGCGAACGGCGUGCCCGAAUGGGCUCUGAUGAAGUCCGACUCUGCGCCAGGAAGCCGCCAGGUCCAACUCUGGCAGUUCAUCCUCGAGCUGCUCAACAACCCGUCACAGUACUCCGACGCUAUCUGCUGGAACGGCCCGGCAACGGGAGAAACCGGAGAAUUCGUCAUCAAAGAUCCAGAUGAAGUUGCUCGGCUCUGGGGAAAUCGGAAAUGCAAGCCGCACAUGAACUACGACAAGCUCUCACGUGCGCUGCGAUAUUAUUACAACAAACGCAUCCUUUACAAAACCAAGGGAAAACGCUUCACCUACCGCUUCAAUUUCCGAGAGCUCAGUCCUUACGGAGCCGCGGCUGGACUGAUAGACAAAGACGAAGCCUCUCCUCUCCCUUCGCCACACAUUCCAAAUGGCCACUCGGACAGGGAAGACGACUCUAGAAUCCCAACUUCUUCGACGAGUUCGAUCAAGGCGCCUGGCAUGGGCAACUUGCCCUUUCCAUACGGAUCCAACGCGACGCUCCUCGCUGCCCGAGCUCAGCUCCUCCGAGCGAAUCUGCUCAAUAUGCCGAAUGCGCUCCACGGACUCGGACCAGGAUCGCCUGGAUUUCCACCCAUCUCCCCACGAUUGCCAUUUUCUCCUCUGCUUCGAUCUGCCUACGCAUCAUCACUACCAACCACACCUACAUAUCCCGGUUUGAGCCCUGGUCUCGGCGGUUUCAGCCCAAUGGCGAAUCCAAUGACCGCUCCAGGCCUAGGCCUCGGCAUGAAACCCAGCUUCUCUUUCGAUCCCGACCAUAUUCGUCAAUAUCACGGUGCAGACAACAGAGACAUCAAAGAAGAAACCCACAAUAACUCUGGAUCGGACGAAGAUGCUCAGGACAAUCGGCCAAGCACUGGCCACUCAAGGACUAGCAGCGAGAGUCAGAAUCCACCUACCUCGACCAUCAGCGGCCAUACAAUUCCUCAAAUUCGACUCGCUCCUGUCCCAAGUCGCAAACGUUCAAGCCAAACCUCAUCGUCCGAAAGUUCCCACUCCAAACGAGCGCAGUCAUUGAGUUCCGAUGCAAAAAUCAGCGACUGCGGGGCAUUGAAUCUCGUCAAACACAACCGCCGACCGGUGCCCAUCAACGAAGAAAGUGACCAAACGGUGCCCGAGGUGAAAUCCGAAGCGUCGAAAUCGCCCGAUACGAUAAAAUCAAAGGGCUCUGAGGUGUACGACCAUCAUUUCGAGGACUUGAUGUCGCCCUCGAUUGAGGUUGCCACUAGGCUCAAUGCUGGCCUGAAUCUACACAGUCCCGGCUUUGCAGCCUCCCGCCGCACACCAAUCCGCUCCGGAUUUAUGAUCAACGAUCUGAUCCAAUCUGGCGCUAGGUCAGGAGGUCCCGGCGGAGUCUUUGAAUUCCCAGCUCUCUCUGGAAACACGGAUCACCUCUCUACGGAUCACCACUCAGCCAAAUCCGAGGAGCAAUCGUCGCCGUCUUCGGAUCGAUCUCGAUCCGUGAGUCUCGAAACCGACCAAUCUGAUGGCGAACAACGAGAAGUCAUGGAGAGUUAA